CUGAAGCGCGACUUUCGUACUCGAUCCGACUGCAAGAGAAAGCUCAGAAAGGAAAAAGAGAGAGAGAGAGAGGCAGAAGAAAACGAUCCGUCGUUUGGGUGGGUGGAUCGAUUUUUGCCGGAAACUGAGUCAUUCGGAUUCGCAGAACCGCUCCCGGUGGAUCUUCGCAACUGGGAUCAAGCCUUCGUCUCUGCUUCCGGUUUUUCGACUUCUUCUUAAGCUAAUAAAGAUUUGAGAUUGGUGACUUGCGAGUGACAAAUCCAUAAGUUUCCACUCAAGAUGUCACGUGCUUAUGGAUACAUGGAUUCUCAUCCCCGUCAGAGCCACAUAAUGCCUAGCAGGCAACAUGGCCAGCCAAUGCCAGAUGAAAUUCCACCUCAACUGGGGAUCAAUCCGACCUUGUUUCCUGUUCCACAUGAGCCCUUGCCAUACCCAUAUGGUGGUAAUUGCAGCUAUCCUGCUCCAUGCCAUGCUUGCUAUAACCACAUGGCAACUCCUAGCUACUAUCACAGACCACCCUACCCUUACUUUUUCCAGCCACCACCGUUUAAUUGUUGGGGACCUUAUCCUGGGAAUGCUGAACCCUUUGCUAGUCAUAAUGAACUGCCUUAUCCAUCAGCUUAUCCAAUGGAACGACCGUAUGUGGUUCGAGAACACCAUUGCUGUGGAUGCCCUAAUCAUGUAUGCGACCCAAAGAAUGAAAAGGGUGUCAAGAUAGAAGAGCACGAGCCACUAGAUUCCAACAAGAAGGUUGAGAACUAUCCAGAGUCCUUGGUGCCAGCGAACUGGAGAAACUUUCCAUAUCCGAUUGUUUGGAUCCCACCUGAAAAUAACAGGAACAAAGAGCAGGGAAUCCAUGUCAAACCAAGGAUUAUGGAUCUUGAUACUGCUUCCCAGGAAAAGAAACCAGCUGUUUCAUCAUUGCAUAAGGAGCCUGCGUGGAAUAGUUGGUUUCCUCUCUUCAUGGGCAACUAUGACCAUUCCAAACCUGGAGGAGAAACGAAAAGAUCUGAUAAUCAGCAUACGCGCAAUAACGAAAGAAACUAUCCAUUUCCUGUCAUCUGGAUUCCUCCUUAUGAUAAACAAGAGGAGGCAGAGGCUAAGAAGGAACAGCAAAACAAUACACUGGAAUCUCCUGAAUCCAAUUUCAAGGUGUUCCCGAUACUGCUUCAUAACAAUCAUGAUAAAACUUCAGAUGGAGGAGUGGAAGUAAAUUAUAGAAAUGAAGUUGGGUCACACCAUCAGGAUGCGGAGAAGAACAUUGAUGUGAAAGACAUAGAACCUUAUGUGGGCAAGAAUAACUCCAGAGAUUCUCAAGAAGCAGCAGCAAAUGCCUUGAGCAAAAGAACUAUAGAUUCUCCUGUUGAUAGAGUCCCUGGAUUUGAUGCCAGAAAGUCGUUGUCAUCCUCGACCAAAACAUCAAAGUUGCCCCCGGUUUGUCUGAGAGUUGAUCCCUUGCCUAGGAAGAACGGCCGCAAUGGUAGUUCAAAAUCUCCUAGUCCUCCUGGUUCUGAAAUGAAAUCUCGCAGUUCAAGUGAUGCUCCCUCUACAGACAGCAACAAACACAAUUCACGCACCCAAAGCAUGAACAGAACUUCUGAGGAGCACCCGAAAAGGAAAGAAGUGAAAGUCAUUGAGGUGAAAGGGGCAACUUCCUGUCCAAGCAACAACAAUAGUGGAGAUUCACAAAGCGGUUUGCAGGUGGAACAUCCAGAAAAGAUUAAAGAGAACAAAGAUCACAGUGAGAAGGAGGAGGUUUGUGAAAUUAAAGAGGAUAAGGGAAUUCCAAUUGCAGGUGAUGAAAGCAUUGAAAAAAGAAGUGAAGAGUUGCAAGCGUCAAGGACUCUAUCUGAUGAAGAAGCUGCUAUGCGCAUUCAGUCAACCUAUCGUGGUUUCCAAGUAAGGAAAUGGGAGACCCUGAAGAAACUAAAGCAAAUGGCUAAGGUUCGUGAUGAAGUGACUAAGGUGAGGAAGAGUAUCGACGAGCUAGCAUCUUCAGAGGACACUUUGCCUGUUCAGGGGAAACUUGAAAGGCAGAAAGUACUCAUUGGAGAAUCUAUAAUGAAUCUUUUGCUGCGGCUUGAUACAAUUCAGGGAUUGCAUCCUAAUUUACGAGAUAUACGGAAAUCUUUGGCAAGGGAGUUAGUUGCUUUGCAGGAGGAGCUUGAUUCUUUGACAACGAAGAGCCUGGAGGAGUCUGUUGAUAACUCUGAUACUGCUAGGGAUGAUGAAAGUAUGGUCAGCGAGAAAGAACAUGAUGAGGAAGCAAAGAGACAGUUUGAAGAUAGUCUUUCAGUUAGUGAGAACAUUGGUGGUCAAUGUGAAUCAGAAGAAGAGCAACUUCUCAAAGCUGAAAAUUCAGUAUCUGAACAGUCAGAGAAUGCGUGUUCAGGUAUUGUUGAUGAUAAGACACAAGUGGUAUUCGAGGAUUUGAAAAGUGAAACAUCAGCAUCCUUGGAUGUGAAGUUGCAACAAGCUGCCUUGCAGCAUUGUACUAACGAAAUCGAUGAUGGCGAACCACCCAUGGUCAGCGUUAUGGAGCCUACAGAGACUGAUCCAAAUCGUCCUGCUGGAGAAAAGGAUGAGAGAGUAGAGUUGGCCACGAUGAACAAAAGUAAUUAUGAUUCUGGGGUUGAAGAUGAGAUGAGGCUGGCAUCUGAUUUGGGAGAUGGAAGCAGCACGAAGAUGGAGUUUAUGAGCACAGAUCAAGUAACUUCUGCUCUGCAAGCAUUGCCACAAGCAGAUGAGGAGAAAGAAACCAUAGCGGUCGACGGUGUGGGAGUGGAGCCUGCUACUUUUCCUGGCCCAACCUUGUGCACUGGAGAUGAAGACUUGAUAUCUCAUAGGGUAGAACCUGAAGUGGAAGUGGCAAGCAAGAUUCAUAUUGCAGAGGAGGAUGUUGCAGCUUCUGUGCUCAGCAAGCAUGGUAAGUUUGGCAAAGUAGAUUCUGUUCUCAAUGGACAUGAUAUGUGCAAUGAAGGGAGCGAUGCUAUUACUUCUCCAGAAAAUUGUGGCAAUCUGACCAUUGAGGUGCAGCAGCUGGAAGUGCCCAAAGCAAUAACUUCAGAUUCGGAAGAAGUUGACAAUGUGCAUCUAGAGCAACUAGUUGCACCGGUACCAGAUGAUUUGUCACCUGUUGGCUCUCUAAAGAGUGAGGAAUCUUCACAGGAUGCACCCAAUGGGGCGGAACGAGACCAGAGACAUGAAGAGGGUAAUAGCGAUGAAGCUCCUUUGCCACCUCGACCAGAAGCUCAGCUGGGGAUGUUAGAAUCCAAAGUGGAAACUUGUCAAGAUGUAAAUGAAGACAAGGCCAUUGUCUCUGCUGAUCUUAGCUGCAAUUGCUCUGACAUGUUGAACGGUGAAGCUCUAGCUUGGGAGAAGGAAGGAUUAAUUGCAGAAAACGUGGAGAAUACCGAUCUGACGACACGUGUUGGAGAGCAAGUGCAUGAACGAGAAGAUAAUCACGAGGAGGAGGUGGUUGUCAUUGCUUCGGAAAAAUCUGUCUCAGAUGAAGGUGCUGAGCAAGUUGAGCAGUCACCACCUAGUCACGAAGAUUCAAAUGCGAGCAGGCCCGUGGAGAAGACGGACGGCAACGAGAAACUAAUCAAAGAGAACGAGAAACUGAGGGAGAUGAUGGAGAAACUGAUGGAAGCCGGGAAAGAGCAGUUGAACGUGAUAUCUGAAUUGACUGUAAGAGUGAAGGAUUUGGAGACGAGAUUGGCCAGGAAUAAGAGGACAAAACCGAGAUGCAGAGCGGUGGCGGCGAAGCCUCGAUCUGCACAUGCCAAGUCAUGUGCGGAUUCUAUGAACUGAGGGCGGCUGAUGAAUUUUCUACAGGCAAAGUCUUUACAAGUUCCAGGGAGAUGAGAUUAUGGGGUGACUUGUGUACAUAUGGAACAAAUAAUAUUCUAUGCCAUGGAAUAGCUGUCUCUUGCCAAAGUUUGUCCUUCCUGUUACAGGCUUAUCGUUUCAACUAGUGUGUCGCAUGAUAA